UAAUGUGAAGGUGCAGCACCCCCCAUCAUUCCUAUCAGAACUACUGCUGCUGCUGCUGCUAGGGUCCUGUAACUCUCCUCCUCCCAUCUCCCACUUUUGAUGGGGGGGUGCAGCGGUGAAGUCACAGUGAUGUCAUUUUAGGAUGUGAGAGUCGGGGGCAAGGUGAGCUGGUUUUGCGUUGAGUGGUGUCCCCUCCACGGCCAGCGUUGCCUGUACAGAGGCGCGGAGCGGCGAAAGAUGAUCAUCGCCACCGGCACCAAUUCAAGCUCCGACGCGCUCUGUCCCUCUGCUCCUGCUCAGAUCUCUGGCUAUGGGGCCUUGAUCUGCCUUGAUCCCAAAAUAAGCCUUUACCACCACCAUGCCAAAGGACAGAAAACAAGAAGAGUUGCAUUUUUAGGGCAGGUAACUUUGACCACGUGCCCCAAAGGUAAACUGGAUGGCCAUUGCGCAAAGGUGCCUCUACAGUAUGUCCAGCGGGGCCAGGACGCACUGGACGCUGCCAGCAGUAAUUGUACUGUGGACUUCUCUCUGGGGGAUCGUUUCAUCUUAUCCGAUUCCGAGCAGGACUAAUGCGACUUUAAUGGAAAAGAAGUGGGAGACCCUCUUCUCCCGCUCCUAUCUGGGUAUAACUGGGGGGAAAUCGGAGCUGAACUGGGAGAGUGACUAUUUGCAGGGCAUCAAAAGAGUGCGGCGACUGUACUGCAACGUGGGCAUUGGGUUUCACCUGCAGGUGCUCCCGGAUGGCAGGAUAAGCGGUGCACACAAUGAGAACCAAUACAGUCUAAUAGAGAUCUCCACCGUGGACCGAGGAGUGAUCAGCUUGUUCGGAGUGAGGAGUGAGCUGUUUGUCGCAAUGAACAGCAGAGGAAGGUUAUACGGAACGAGAGUCUUCGGGGAUGAGUGCAAGUUCAAGGAGACUUUGCUGCCCAACAACUACAAUGCCUAUGAGUCUUUUGUUUACAAGGGGUUCUACAUCGCCCUCAGCAAGCAUGGCCGUGUAAAAAGAGGCAACAAGGCCACCACCGCCAUGACUGUCACACAUUUCCUCCCGCGACUAUGAGAGAAACUGGCAAUAACUCAGUAAUUUGCACAUGUGGAUGUUCUUCCAGGUAAUAUAGAAAUACAUAGUCAUGAUAUACACACCAAUGGACUGCAUAAGAAAACAAAUAUUUAUUCUGUUUAUAAAUAUGUAUAUUUGGAUAGCUAUCUUUGUAUAUGUAUGCCAUACUGUGCUGCUUAUUGUUUUUAUGGACGGGGAGAGUUGAAGCCUUUGCCUGUCUCACUUUACCUUGGUGCUUGCUGUAACUGAACUAUGUGUCACUUCCUUUUUUGAGAUGGAGGAUGGGCUAUAUCCUGUGCUUUUAAAGAGUGAAAUGAAUACUUUUUAUUACCUCAAAGAACCACUUUACUAGAUUAAGGGAUGCAUGGACUUUUGCUCAAAUAUCUGCUAAGUUUAUCAUUUCUUUUGAACCUUUGAGCGCUUGAUGGCUCCCUGCUCGAUCGUCCAUGUCUGGCAGUGAGGGAAACUUAAAUGCACUACCUUUGCUGCACGAUUUAAAGGUGCCUUGGUGUUCCCACUUGUGGCCCCCUUAAACUUGCAUGUAAGAGACACCUGCUGGAGUCAGAAAUAGGGCUGACACUCCGGAGAGGGCCUCAGGAGGGGAGGGGGGGUUGACUAUCUCUGGUUUAUUUUCUUUUCUGUAAUUAGAUCGAUUAAGUAAUAUACAAUCUGUGGUCGAGACCAGAGAACGGUCAGCCAUAGAGACUGGCGAGAGGCCAUGAGUUUGACUGUGCGGCAUAGCCAGCAAAUAAACAGGGUGGAAUACAUAUCUAUCCAAGCAUGGAGAAAUUUUUAGUUUGGCCCUGGCCUGCAUCUGCACAAGAAUCAACUGAGCAGAUAGAGCGCACAGUAGAAAUGUACCUGCAUUGACUUGGACAGAGCUCCUGCAGUAAAGUGGGUUGCUGUUUUUGAAUCGCAAAGCUUUAGCUGCUUUCGAAAAUGAUGUCUUCUGUCCAUGAAACCAAUGAAAAUCGAUGUAAAUAGUCGCAAACGUAAAAGAAGAAUUCAGGAGCUUUUUACGCUGCUUUGUCGCAGUUGCCUGGACGAGGCAAAAAGAGUUCAGGUUGCACAGUGAACCAUCGAUGAUGGUGCCGAAAUGUUUUGGUAGGAAUCGGCCCCCAUGUGUUUCUUUCUUUUACUUUGUCGUUGUGUGUUCGGUGGAGUAUGUGCGUGCCCUGGGCUGUUUCCCCUGAUUGUCUGUGUGCUCUGCAGCAGCACUGCAGUGGCAGCGAGGUGUUGGAGCUGGAGGCAGAUAGUUUUUAAUGUAAUUAGAGAUGAGUCAAUCAUUUGCCCUGAAGGACUAAAGGACAGUGCAGUUGGUAGAAUGGAUGCACCCUGUAAGAUUUUUAGAUAAUGUCUUCAUUUCCAUUGAUUGUUGGCUUGAUUUUAAACAUUUUAGAAGGUCAGAGUUAAUAAAUUACAGCAUCUUUUCAUAAAUAUAUAUAUAUAUAUAUAUAUAUAUAUAUAUAUUUAUAUAUGAUGUAGAAGGAAUACAUAGUAGCAGUUUGUUUACAAAGCUGAAGUUGCACCUUGCUUUGCAGACUUACUGUUAGUAUGUGGACAACAAUCAGUUUUUCUUGCCUCACGUAAUGUCUGAGAAUCUAACAGCGUGCAUCUUCCCGUGUAGUUUCUGCAGCUGUUUACUUGAGAAAAAAAACUGAAGCCUGCUCCACCAUCAGCCUCCAUCCGCUCUUGUGUUUAGAGAGGAAGCAGGACUAUUUAAAUCCAGGAAAGACGUAUGUAAGGGAGCCGGCCCGCUGCCUUUGUUGUUCGUCAAACCCCCUACGGGAAUGUGGAUCUGCCAGGAUGACAGGCAGCCUCCUGCAUACCUGAGCACCCCACCACCACCCACCUCUGCUCGUCUCUUAUACCCCCCUCACCUCACCACUCACCCACUGCAGGCAGAGACCUUGGGAUUCCUGCUGUAACCCAGGAGCUUCCUCCUCUCCUUUCAGCCUUUUUUAGUUCAAGGUCAGAGUCACGGACCAGCCUUGGCCCCAGCCCCAGCGGCCGGGGUGGUCGGCUAUAUGAGUCGGACUGCUUCCAUGAAAUAGGAACUUGAAGUGCUUAAACCAACUUUAUUUUAUAAUUAAACACAAUAUAAUUUAGUGGACUGAUAGCGCCACAGUUGGUCUCCAACUGACUGGUAGAAAAACACAGCUCUCAUAGUUCCCUGCUUCAUGAUCUACAAUAUUUCUGAAACAAUCCUGCGUCUUUCUCUGAAUUCAGAGCCCCACCUCUUUAAAAUGCACCUCUACAACAUGCAUGCCCCUCCCCAGAAAUAUCCCAACACAAGUAGAGAGGAGGGGACAUCUGCAGAGUUAAUGCAGUGUGUGAGGAGCAGGCAGAGUCACGCAAAGCCUCACCUCUCCUGCUGCACUCAAAUCCUGCGGGACGGCUGCCCGGCCAUCCUCAGGACGUGCCCUCUCCUGCUGCUGCUGCUGCUGCUGGGCACUGCCUCAACCCCAAACACCUCUCACCACAUACUGACACAGUAUCACCUGCUGCUCAACUGUUGUCUGCCAUGCACAGAUCCAUUCAUACCAGUAUUCUUCCCACAGAUGAAUCUCCUCCUCUUUUUGUUCUGAGGAUGUUUUCUUUUUCUCCAGUGCUGAGGCUCCCAUGACGCAGAGCAAAUUUCACUCAAAGUUUCAAAAAACUAAAAAAGACUUGUUGCUGUUGUAGACGAGGCUGCAUGCAGUACAUUUCUGUGUUGGUAGGAAAUGUUCAGCAUUUUCAACCGAGGAAGGUGUAGAAGUAAAUUCUGCAUGCGCAGCAAUGAGUGCUUCUAACCCGGUCAAGAUGUCUGACGUCACUAGUAGCACCUUAUUAACAACAUCUUGAUUAUAUAAAGACGUGAGUUUUCUCACAUUUCUGUCAAAAAUAGAGCUGGAUCCCUAAAAGAGUGAACAUUUGUGUCUAAAACAAAAAGCUCACCUUUCAGCUUUGACCAAAAAAAUUUAUCCAGAUUGAUCUGUUGUUUUUUUUCUUUCCACAUCUUAUCAUAGAUCAAAUUUCAAUUAAUUCAAGGUGAGGAUCAUCUUUUUUUAAAUAAUGUUUAAUGUAUUAUUGGCAUGCCAGGGCCCUGAGUUUGAUCAGGGGUGUGUGCUUUAUGUGUUUUGUUUUUGUUCGUUUUUAACUCCUGCUCUGAAUGGGAGUGAGCCUCCACUCUAUUCCUCUCAUCUCUGUUGUCAUAUACCUCACCUUCUGCCUUAGUUUCGGUUUGCUGAUGACUGUAAAUUAAGAAGAAACAAACUCCAGUUAUUUGUUUCUGAAAACAGACAAUGCUAAGUAAGGAUAUUAAAGUUUUUUCCUUUUAUUUUUGUACGUAUGUGCUGUGCACAGCAGUCUACUGUAUUCCUGAGAUACCAAUAAAAGUUUGUUUUUUUUAACUG